UAUAUAAAAGAUACGUCAAUCUUUUCAUAUAUUAUAUACAGUAUUUCAACGUGAGUUGUCGGAUAUGAAUUUCAGUACAUGCAGCGCCAUCUAGACACCGACGCAGUAAGUUCGCUCGUAGAAUUUGACGGUUUUGCCUCAAAUCGUUCGACGCACGUGUGGUGUUCGCGUGUCGCACGCAUCGUCCGCUUUUUGGCGCACAAUUAGGUGAAAGACUAUGCCGUCCGACGCGAAGAAGAAGCAGCAGCAGAAGAAGAAGGAGGCCGCGAAGGCGAGGCAGUCCGGUAAGAAGCUGCAGAGCAAUAAUCAGACGAGAUCGACCGAGGACGGCAAGGAGCAGAGCCUGGCAGCGGAGCUUCAAAACGGCACCAAUGGCACGGCUAUUAGCGCCGAAGAGGCGUUAUGUCUGAAAUUGGAGGAAGAUGCCAGAUUAAAUGCGGAUGCACGUUCGUGCACAGGCUCGCUGGCUUCGCAUCCACGCAGCCGUGAUAUAAAGAUAUCUAAUUUUUCUAUCACUUUCCAUGGCUGUGAACUGCUGCAAGACACCAUGUUGGAAUUAAAUUGCGGUAGACGUUACGGUUUAUUAGGUCUAAACGGCUCCGGGAAGUCUACAUUAUUGGCGGUGCUAGGAAACCGUGAAGUUCCUAUCCCGGAGCAGAUAGAUAUUUUUCAUUUGACUAGAGAAAUGCCCGCAAGCAAUAAAACGGCUCUGGAGUGUGUAAUGGAGGUUGAUGAGGAGCGUGUGCGAUUAGAAAAACUCGCCGAAGAAUUAGUGGAUUGCGAUGAAGAAGAUGCUCAGGAACAACUCAUGGAUGUGUAUGAAAGAUUAGAGGAUAUGGCUGCCGAUACGGCGGAAGCUCGUGCUGCCCAUAUUUUACACGGUUUGGGUUUUACUGCAAAAAUGCAAAAAACUCCUACCAAAGACUUCUCAGGAGGUUGGCGUAUGCGUAUAGCUCUUGCUAGAGCACUGUACGUAAAACCGCAUUUGUUAUUACUCGAUGAACCAACUAAUCAUCUUGAUCUCGAUGCUUGUGUAUGGUUAGAAGAGGAACUUAAAACUUAUAAACGGAUUCUCGUUAUAAUCUCUCACUCUCAAGAUUUUCUCAAUGGCAUUUGCACUAAUAUCAUUCACGUUAAUAAAAAGCAGUUGAAGUAUUACACCGGUAAUUAUGAAGCGUUCGUGAAAACAAGAAUGGAGUUAUUAGAAAAUCAAGCGAAGCAAUAUAAUUGGGAACAGGAUCAAAUCGCGCACAUGAAAAAUUAUAUCGCACGAUUUGGUCAUGGUUCGGCAAAAUUGGCUAGACAGGCUCAGUCAAAAGAGAAGACUUUAGCAAAAAUGGUGGCGCAAGGUUUAACUGAAAAAGUUGUCAAUGACAAAGUGCUAAACUUUUAUUUCCCUUCGUGUGGAACAAUUCCACCACCGGUUAUCAUGGUUCAGAAUGUAAGUUUCCGUUAUAACGAGGACGCACCUUGGAUCUACAGGAAUUUGGAAUUCGGAAUCGAUUUAGAUACUAGAAUCGCAUUGGUUGGACCAAACGGAGCAGGAAAAAGUACCCUGCUAAAGCUGUUAUACGGUGAUUUAGUACCAACAAGUGGAAUGAUUCGCAAAAACAGUCAUCUCCGAAUUGGUAGAUAUCAUCAACACUUGCAUGAAUUGUUGGACUUGGAUAUAUCACCUCUCGAUUAUAUGAUGAAGGCUUUUCCCGAAGUCAAAGAACGCGAAGAAAUGAGAAAAAUUAUUGGCCGUUACGGUCUAACUGGACGUCAACAGAUUUGUCCUAUUCGUCAAUUGUCUGAUGGUCAACGUUGUCGGGUCGUGUUUGCUUGGUUAGCUUGGCAAGUGCCUCAUCUAUUGCUGCUCGAUGAACCUACCAAUCAUUUGGAUAUGGAAACCAUUGAUGCACUUGCUGACGCCAUCAAUGAUUUCGAUGGUGGCAUGGUUCUCGUCUCGCAUGAUUUCAGAUUAAUCAAUCAGGUCGCCGAAGAAAUUUGGGUCUGCGAGAAUGGAACAGUCACAAAAUGGAGCGGUAACAUUUUAGAUUACAAGGAACACCUCAAGGACAAAGUUUUGUCCGACAACCAAAAGAGACAGAAGGACUUGGCGAAUCGGGGAAAAUAAUGGAGGCAACGCUACAAUCGUGACCCGCUGUGUUUUUCUCUUUUUAAUGCACUAUGCCUCCGCAUUCAUAGGAAUUUUUUUCUGGAAAUUGUAAUUGUAAUCGCCACUGUAUAUGCUGUUAUGUAGCGUAUCAGUAUCGAUCGAAUUACUUAGUUAAUUUAUUGAAAUAUUAGUUCGAAAUUGAUCCUUUACUUGACAACCCGCAGGUUGUUGUGGCGCAUUACUCAAUCACAGUAGGAGUCUAGAAAUUUGGGAAUCUAUGCACACUGCAUAGAUUAAAUUGAAAUAAAUCAUUGACAAGCUAUUUAUAAUAAUAAGCAUAUAUAUAUAUAUAU